GGAGGGGAGGGGAGGGCUGUUUUUGAGUGAGUGUGUCCCUGAGAAACGAGAGUGUGCGGAGGGGAGGGAGGAGAGUACCGAGCUGAGAGAAAUCUGUCAGAUUCAAACACACUGUUCAAGGGAAACGAGAGAUGAGGGAGGAGAGCCGAGGAACAGAUAGAAAGAGGCAAGAGAGCGGCUCAAAGUGAGGCCGGGUCGCCUAUGGAUCUGGAACCCAGGGGAUUCCAUGGACUCAUUGACCCGACGCUGAGGCUCUGAGGGCGGCUGUAGAGCAGCGAGGCCAAAGGGGUGAAAGGUGACGACUACCGAGCCGGAGUGAGGGUGGAAAGGUUUCAGGAGGGGCAGAACGGGAAGCAUCGGCAAGUAAGACCAACGAGGGUCGAGUCAAGAUGAUGACAUCCCACGGAAAGCUGAGGAGGGAGAAGGGAAGUCUGGCCGAAUACGAGUCGCAGAUGAAAGACCUUAGGGCCCAGCUGACAGACCAAAUAAAGAUUUUGGACUCUCAGGUGGAGGUGAAACAGCAGCAGCUCUCGGAUCUGUCUGAGUUUCUCCGACGUCGCGGCGACAUCGAGGCCGAAUACGCUCGAGCCCUCGACAAACUCACCGAGAGGUUCACCCACAAGACUAAGAAGAAGGAGCAGUGGGGUCAGUCGGUGUGUCAGGUCUGGUCGGUUCUGUUGACCCAGACCCGUCUGGAGAGCCGAGAACAUGCAGCACUGGGUGAUACCUGCUGCAACACACUGACCCAGAGGCUGGUACACAGCACAGAGGACACGCACCGGCUGCACAAACGGAGCAAAGAAGUUGGGAUCCAGAUGCAGGACGAGUUGAUGAAGGUCACCACUGAGCUGCAGACGGCUUUAAAGACGUACAACCAGUACCACACCGACUGCCUGAUAGCCGAGGGGAAGCUGAAGGAGGCCGAGCGGUUGGAGGAACGACACACCGGGAAGUCUGCAGAACUGGGACCGGGUCAGCUGGUCGGACAGAGGAGGAGUUCUGUCAAGAAGAUGGAGAGAUUAAUGGAGAAGAGGCACGGCAGAGUUCAGGAGACCCAGCUGAAGUGCACCAAAGCUCGAAACGACUACCUGCUGAACCUGGCAGCGGCGAACGCAGCCAUGAACAAGUAUUACCUGCAGGACGUCAGCACGCUCAUCGACUGCUGUGACCUUGGCUUCCACCUGUCCGUGGAGAGGGUGAUGAAGUGCUACCUGGCCAGCAGGUGGCGCAUCCAGAAGACGGAGGAGACAGGGCUUAAGCAGCUGGAGGCCGCCGUCACGUCCCUGGACCAGGGAGGAGACAGAGACGCGUUGCUACAGCAACACGACUCGGCCUUCUGCCUCCCGUUCAGAUUCAACUACCAUCCACACGAGGGAGACCAGGUGUGCGAGGUAAGCGCGGAGAGCCAGGUGAGGUACGAGCUGGAGACCCGGUUCCAGCAGCUUCAGUCUCGCCUCGCUGCCGUUACCUUGGAAACAGAGGAGGUCAGUAAAACACUUAAAGCUACGCUCGCCGCCCUGCUGGACACGAUGUGCGACAGCGACUGUAACCCCUCCCCCGACGUGGCCAGCAGCCUAUCACACGAGCCGCCCGGAGGAGGAACCCUCCCCAAACUCACCCUCGCCAAACGUCGAGCCAAUCAGCAGGAGACAGAGACCUACUACUUUACAAAAGUGAAGGAGUUCCUCACCAGCAGCUCUCUGACGUCCAAACUUCAAGCCAAACAUGAUCUCCUCCACGAUGCCAUACAGAAAGCUGAGGCCGUGGACAGCGACCCUUCCAGGAGGAGAAGGAGAAUGUCUCGGACUCAGAGCUCUGGCCAGCAGAUUCCCGUGGUGGUUGAAAGCUGCAUCCGCUUCAUAAACCUUCACGGCCUCCACCAUGAAGGGAUUUUCAGAGUUCCCGGCUCUCAGAGGGAAGUUAACCUCAUCAGAGACGCCUUCGAGAGAGGAGAGGAUCCUCUGUCAGACAGCGAGUGCGACCUGGACUCGGUGGCCGGAGUGUUGAAGCUUUACUUCCGGGGCCUGGAGCCUCCUCUGUUCCCCUACGACAGCUACUCCCAGCUGCUGGAGUGUGUCCAAAUCGAGGCGGUGACGGAGAGAGCCGCCCAGAUUAAGGCGAUCGUCUCCACCUUCCCUCGGCCUCUCCUCAUCGUGAUGCGAUACCUGUUUGCUUUCCUCAACCACGUGUCUCAGUACAGCGAUGAGAACAUGAUGCAACCCUACAACCUGGCCGUCUGCUUCGGUCCCAGCCUGCUCAGGGGGCUGGACUCGGACGACGCCGUUGCCAGGCAACCGCAGGUCAACGACCUCGUCAAGACCAUGAUCCUGCAGCACGACAUCAUCUUCCCCGGCCAAUCGGAGCUGCCGGGCCCCGUCUACGAGAAGCACAUGACUCUGGAGCAGGAGUACUGCGAACCAAUCACAGAGGAGGGAGACGGAGAAACCGAACAUCUUCCCAGUGAGGACGAGUGGGAGGCUGUGGCCAUGUUCGACUAUGUGGCCAGAUCUCCCGCAGAACUUUCCUUCAAGCAGGGAGAACCGCUUAUCCUCCACAGCAAGGCCUCCUGUGAUUGGUGGAGAGGAGAGGUGGGCGGAGUUAAGGGUCUAAUUCCUCACAAGUACAUCAGCGUCCUGGAAGGGUCAGAACGAGGGAAACGAGAGGAAGGAGGAGGAGGAGGAGGAGGAGGAGGAGGAGGAGGCAGCACUGGAAACCUGACGGCAGAAGAUCUGCAGACGGAGAACACGACCCGGAUGCGGGUGAACAGUGACAGCGCCUCGUUGCCGGGGCGACAGAGAGGAAGUGAGGGGAGCCCCAACAGGAAGCCGCCGACCUCCCCAGCCACAAGACACCUGCCAGUGUCUCAGGAGCGACGCCACACUCUGGACACGGUGAGACAAGGAGCGUUCAGAGCUCCAGACAGACCUCCGUUCAGUCAGACGGAACGACCGGCCAUCGAUAAGGACAUGAUCAGCCGUCAGAUGAACUCGGUGUUUAAGGAGCUUCUGUCUCGCCAGCCUCCGGUCCAGGCGUCCAGCCUCGCCGCCGCCGCCGCCGCCGUUCCUCCUCCAUCUUCCUCCUCCUCAUCCUCCUCCAUCCCUCAAGCCGCCCCCGCUGCCAAAAAAGUUGGCUUCGGUCUGAGGGGCCGAGCGUUAUUCAGACCGGUGGACUGAAACCUGAUGCUGCCCACGGUGAAGAUUUAUUUUUCUGACACUUGUAUGAUAAUAAUAAUUGCGUCUCUGCCAUCUCAUAGUGCCACUAGUCUCGGUGCCGUGUUCCUGUACGUCCAGUGUGUCUGUUCUCCAGCUGGGUUUGGUCUUUUUUUAAUGUUCUGCGCAGUUUUUUUAAUUUUGUUUUUGUUCUCCAGGCUUUUACAGUUUUUCAUUUUAUUUUAUUUGGAGAAUCAGGGAUGUGACUUCACCAGUGAUAUCACCAGACUGACCUUUAAAAAGUGGUUGCCAUGGUACUUACUGUACAACAACAACAACAACAACAACGAAAGACUUACGCUGCCCCCUAGUGGCAGGUCUGAGAUCAGCAACUCACAAUUGUGGAGGUUUUAUUUUGAAAAGGAAACUGAUCUGGGGCCUGUGUCUAGGAGUGCCUUCACAUCUGUUACUCUUCACUUUAAUUUCACUUUUUAAAGACCUGAUACUUUUAAACUCCACAUUUAAUAUAAAAAUAAAGGAAUAAAAGUGAUCCAGGACGAUGUUUACGGAGCCCAAAGUGUUCAGUAUUAAAAAUAUCACGAGUAAUGAUGGGGAUAAAUUGUGUAAAAUAUCUAAUUCUGAGUUUUUCAAACCCUCAUUAUGGCAUCUAAUUUCAUCAUUCUGCACCAAAAUAGCAUUAAAUGUAACUUUAAUUUAACUACAGACAUUUUAUUUUACUUUAAAUCUAUUUCCAAAAGCUCAUAAUUGUUUUAAAUUGUUAUUUUCUAGGAAAAAUGCCACAAAAAAACAAUCUGACAGACACUGAAAAAACUACUGUAGUGGUAACGAUCAUUUUUUCCACUGAAACAAAUACCAAAGUGAUGAUUUCUGCUGUGCACAGUGGCAUUUUGUGCCACGUUUUACCUGUAAUCCAAAAAUUGCUACUCUUGUAAUUUGAAUAUUGCCCUUGGCUAAACUGUUUUUUGAAAAUAUUUCAAUCAAUUAUCAAGCCAUUGUAUUUCCUCAGUGUUUCGUGGUCCUUUUUAUUGAAUAAUUGCUGUAAAUCAGCACAAAACACACUUUUCUUGACAUAGCUGCAAUGCAGCAUAGCCAGCAGGCUACUGAACUAGGCUAACGAGCUAGGCUAAUGAGCUAAGCUAGUAUGUGAGCUUAGUUAGUUAAUAAUUUUUUAUUAAAUUAAAUUAUUUUGAACAGCAAAAUGCAGUUCAGUGUUAUUAGCAUUAACGAGCUCUCCUUGAACUGAGCAACACAUACAAAGACUGCCUGGACUUCUUAUUUUCACUGAUGCUGAUUGCAAAACACGACGCUCACGACCUCGACUAGCACACUAUGCUGCUGUUUUUACAUUGUGUAUAUUAUUUCCUCCAGUAUUUUCCAGUGUAGCUCCUGAAAUUAACACCAGAAGAUGCUAGUUUCUGUGUUUUCUCUGUUAUUUUCAAGCAUCAGCAGAUUUAGAGUUACUUUGACGUUGUUGUUUUUUUUAAUUAGCUAAUAGCAGCUAAUCGGCUAAUUCUGGUUGCAGUCGUUGGGACUAACAGCAGGUGGAGUGUGAUUGGCUGAAAGUAAGAGAAAUAAUGACAAUGCUGCUGUUACUAAAAGUGGUAUUAUUACAUAAUAAAGCUAGAAAUACACCAUUUUGAAUUAGAAAACUGUACAUGGAGUGCCCCUUUCUUCACCAAGGUCAACGCUCUGUCUUGUAAUUGAGAAAAGUGUUUUUCAUGCGCUCCUAAAUGAAAUGGAUUCUUCUUUUGGCCACAAUCCACUUCUAAGACAAGUGUAAUUAAAUUCAGCUUGGUAGUUUUUGCACAAGACAGAACAACAAAUCACACUAAAAGCAUUCAUUUUCCUUUUUGAAAUAAAGUCACAAUAAAAAUAACAUUUCAUAAUAAUUAUUUGUGCUUAGAUAUCUAGCAAAUUAUAGCAUCAUUUAUAUAUUUUACACAAUUUAUUCAUUUAUUUUUCCAUUAUUUAUGUAUUUACUGGACACUUUGGGCGUCUGUACAUGUUAAUCUGGAGUAAAAGUAAAAGUAUUUUUUGCGUAGCAGCAUGCAGCGUUAGAAAACACACAAACACACACACACUGAUGGAAAACACACAUUCCCCUUCAUAUGUGAUACAAGGCCUGGCGAGCAGGCCGGAUCUCAGGGCUUCUGCAGAGUUAAAGACGGGCUAACUCAGGUUUGGCUUCGGAAGGAACAAGUUUAGAGAUUCUCACUCAGGUCUUCAGUUGACUCGCUCUUCAACUGGAAACUGUGCCCAAGUCUCAAGAGCCAAAAAUACGGCCCCCAAGUCGGAUGGAGUCCGUCCUCUGGUCUAAACUGUGAAUUCACCGGCAACGUUUCGGAGCCACGAUCGAUUGGAACUCUUUUGUCUCAUUCAUCCACGAUGCUUCGGCCUCCGAGCCCCACCCACAGGUCCCGUUCAGACGCGAUUCAGGAUUUUCCACAGUGAGCUGUGCCGAUUACUUUGGCUCGGAAAGCAUUUGAAAUGUUCUUACAUGCAGCAUCUCCCCUCCGUUGUGUUUUAGUAUCGGAGACAUAGAAGUAGAUUCAGUUUUUUUUUUGUUAAAUUCUAAUUAUAAUCAUCAAUUCUGCUUCUAUGAUUAAAACACCCUGUUGUUCUGGAUCACUGUUUGAUGAUGUCACUAAAUUUAUUGUGUCCAACUGUAUAUGUGGUUAAAAAUAUGAAUAUAAUAAAGAUGACAAAGUGAUGAAUGAUUAA